AUGGGUACUAAUGUUCCUUCCAAUGAUAGGGUUGGCAUUCACACCUUUGGCCUCGGACUUACCCAUAAACCAGAUGUUAUGAUUGAACUCUCAAGCCGAACCAAAGCAUCUUACACAUACGUCAAAGAUUGGAUGAUGCUACGAGAGUGCAUUGCCGGGUGUCUUGGAGCAUUACAGUCAACAUCACAUCAAAACGUCAAGUUGAAGCUGCGUUUGCCAGAAGGCUCUCCGGCACGAUUUGUUAAGAUCAGCGGUGCCAUGCAUACUACUAAGCGUGCAACGGGAAGAGAUGCAGAAGCUAUCUUGGGUGACUUGAGGUUCGGAGACAAACGAGAUGUUCUUAUUCAGCUCGCAAUUACUCCAGACACCUCUGCCCCUGAGCAUGUCCCCCAAGAUCCUUGGGAAAGCAUAGUUUCUGGGUUAGAAGCACUUGGUGGGCCAAUUGAUGGUGAUGACCAGCGGGUAGCGAGUAUAGAAGAGGUACCAUUAAUUCAAGCUGACGUUACAUACGGCGACAUUUUACGUGAAGGCCACCUAACCCACUCACCCAGGCCAUCCCUUUUGGCUAUCACAAUGUUCCCACAAAACCAGAAAUUAAAGAAUGUCGGACGGCCCAUCAGCCCUCCAAUCCCGCCUCAUCCUUCGAUUGUUCAACGUCGCAUGGAAUUGCUUACAUCCGAUAUGUUGAUGAGGUCGCUUACUUUAGUGACUCGCGGUCAGCAUGACCGCGCUCACCACCUUCUCACCGAAACUAGGAGUAUUCUCAAGGGUCUCGGGAAGGGAGGUUUGCCGCCGCUACCCCCGGGGGCUAUCCCAACACCAAACCCGCGAGCCACUCUCACCCCCACGCUCACUCCAGCAUCCGAAGCACACUCACCUGGAAACUACUCUCCUCAUUUCCCUGAUGCUCUUGAUUGUCGUGCUUCCUCCCACUCACCUGAAGCGCCAACCAUUACCCCUGUGGCUGCUGUUGAUUCUGCAAUUAUAUCAGCAUUGGAUGCCGAUCUUGAGGCUGCUCUAAAAUGGAUCACCCACCCUGCUGUUUUCAGCCGCGAUUCACGCAAGGCAGUUCUUCAAGCUAUUGGUGUCAUUUCCUCCCAACGAGGAUACACUUUCCGAACCCCCUCUGAAUCACUAUGGGCAGAGCGCAUCCCAGGUGUGAAGCGCCUGACUGAGAAGUCUCGAGAGUGGCGUGAGGUUGGUGAUGAAUCCUUGGCCGAAGAAUAA